AUGAGCUUGGUGGUUUACGGCGAUUAUGUUUCUGACGACCCCAAAAACGCGCAAAAUGUAGUUCUUCGGGAUCCGAAUUCACGUUCUUUGGUUGUGAUGAACCAGACCUCAGGUGAGAUAUCUCUGGUAAGACAAAUAAGAGGUCCAAGUAUUGAUGCCAAGAUCCCCAGAAAUCGUUCGCGUCUACUCGCAUCUUAUCUUUGUCCGCAAUGCGGUAGUGAGGUUGGCACAGGACUUGAAUACGAGUCCUCCCAGCAUAGUCCUGGAUCCCAAACAGGAUCGUUUGUGCAUCGAAAUUACUUCAAAUAUUUGGAGCAGAACAGUGCGUACCGCGUUCAGCAACCAUGUAUCGAAGAUUUCUCAGCGAUUCCGUCUAAUUUGUUUACUCCCGGGUAUUAUAAACGAUUUUUCAGGGAGCUAUCGCUCUUAGGAAGCGGAGCCCGUGGCUCGGUCUACAAAGUUGAACAUGUUCUGAUGGACAAUCAUUUAGGUGUGUACGCACUGAAAAAAAUCUACAUCGGAAACGACCUGUCGUGGCUUGAGCUGGGAAUGAAAGAGGUCAAAUUCUUAAGCGCCCUGACGCAUAAUUGUACCAACUUAAUAACCUACAACCAUGUUUGGUUAGAAAUGGCUAGUGCUAGCGGAAUCGUAAGGGCAACCGACGGUGUAGAUGCAUUGGCUUCGGAAAAGAUUCCAUGCAUUUUCAUCUUGCAAAAGUUUUGUCCCGGAGGAAACCUAGAAGAAGUCAUUGAAAAGAAAGUGUUUGGAAGAUUCGCAGAUCACGAAUCUUCUGAGGAAAGAAAACGUCAGUUCAGGUUGAAACGAGCCGAACGAGAAGCAGGUCUUUUCAAGCAGCAAGGCCUGACCACGUCGCAACUAUUGUCCAUCAUAUAUGAUAUUGCAUCAGGAUUGAAAGAGCUGCAUCAAAUGAACAUCAUUCAUCGUGAUCUAAAGCCAUCAAACUGUCUACUUUCUGAAACAUUUGACCCCGAAAAGCCUCUGUACGGUGAAAAAAGUUUCCCGAAUGUCAUGAUAGGUGAUUUUGGAGAAAGUCAAACCUGCGGACAAUUGCGUUCCGCAACAGGUGCUACAGGUACUCUGGAGUUCACAGCACCCGAAGUUGUCCUUGUGAACACAGGUGGUGGUGCCACGAGUGCUUCGCUACCCCAAUUUACUUUCCAGUCAGACAUGUAUUCACUUGGUAUGGUGAUUUAUUUCCUGACAUUCGGCCAGCUUCCUUUCAUAAGCGACCUGAGCCUUCCUCAACUUAAACACAAGAUCAAAGCACUUCAGAUCAGUAAACAAGAUCUAUCAAGAAAACACAGUGACCUACGGUUGUUACCGAUCGAUCCGAAAAUUUUCGAUCUCAUCGAGAGUUUAUUGUCAGCUAACGCUUUCGAUAGACCCACAGCUGUGGAGGUGAGGAAUUAUGUGAAAGAUUUGAUGGGAGAACUUCGCCAAAACUCGACGUCUCAACAAUCGUUGGAAGAAGCAGCUGAAAAGUUAGAUCAAGAUCAGAUUUCAGACUCAGAAUUGGACGAUUCCUCCUCCACUGAAAACACGCUAAAGUUGGUCUCUGCGCGCUCGAAUCUGUCCAAAUAUCUAUGGAAUCCUUGCAGCACUGCGAUCACUAUAUUCACUGUUUACAGGUAUGGUCGCACCUCCUAUCUUCCCUUCAUUUCUGUUUUUCUUCUGGGACUUUUGUUCCAGGCCAGGUAUCGUGGACAAGGCAAGUUCCUUAUAGCGGUUCUGCUAACUUCAAACCUGGCCAUUUUGCUGAUAAAAACACAGCUUACACGAACAUCGGCAAUCAAUCUCAAUUGA